AUGCCAUCCAUGGCCAUGAUACAGCCAGUUUUGACAUACCAAGCUCCACCCGUGAAUCGUCUCCCAACUGUGCCGGCUUCACAGGCUCUGGAAGAUUUGAAAGCUGAUCCGGCUGCUCACAUCUCGACAGGCCUGGCAGCUCUUGACUGUGCACUGCUAGGGCUGGGCUCGGAGGAUUCUCAAAAUGCUGCUAUGCAUGGAGGCGUCAAGCGUGGCCAGGUAACCGAGAUAUGGGGUCCUCCUGGCUGCGGCAAGACUGCAUUAGGGAUUCAACUGGCCGCCAAUGCCCUGAGUGAUGGUAACGGUGUGGUCUGGAAACUGCAAACACAUAGAAUGGCAAAUGUGCUAAAGACCGUCAAAGAAUCCCGAAUGUUGGCGGAUAUAGAGAGUAUUCAAGAUAUAGACCCGGCCAAGCUGGUUCACUACUCUUGCAUGACGCUGCCUCAUCUGCUUGCGUUUAUAUCUCGACCAACAACAACCGCCAUUGCUUCAGAUGUUUCGCUCAUCGUCAUUAGCUCUUUAUCAGCUUUGAUAAAUUCCUCUUUGCCGAGGUCUUUGGAAGCAAAGGGGAGCAAAAAGCCUGCAAAGGGUCCCACUCAAGCUUCAAAACGCCUUCAAGGCCUGCAGUUUAUAAUCACCACGUUGCAAAAGCUCGCCGCAACUAAGAACUGCGCCGUGGUACUUUUAUCGCAAUGCGCAACCAAGAUGCGAAGCGAGCAGAUGGCUACGCUAAUCCCGUCGAUCAACACCACCGUCUGGGAGCAGGGCGUGUCUACAAGGCUAGUUCUAUUCCGGGACUGGGCGUGGAACGCCAGCAAGUCGUCGAGCGUCUUUCUAGCUGGCCUGCAAAAGGUUGAUGGCAGGGUGGCCCAAGACGCCGUCGAGCAUGUAUCUGCAUUUAAAGUUGAAUCUGCCGGCAUAUCAAGUGUCCACUACGAAGCCAACAGCUCAGAUAUGGAGGUGGCGGUUAUGGCACCGCGACCAAAGAGGAAACUGGGGCAGACGGAUCUGGAGGUGCCGGACAGCGACGACGACGAAGACUAUGGCUGGGCAGAUGAGGAUGAAGAUGCGUUGCCACCGCCGCCGUCUCAAUGGCAAGGCAGCGAGGAUCUUAUCUUGGGCGAAAACGCUGGCCUAACCGAGGAUGAGUCGGAGGCGGAGGAAGGGCUCCAAGAUUACUAUUAUGAGGACGACGAGACCGGGGAUGGCGACCGAAGUAACAACGAGACUGACUGA